CGUCAAGGUCUGCCUUGCCGUAGUGCAGUUAAAUGAAUAGUUAUUUUCAUCUCACUCCUCGGGGCGCGCAGUGGUUCUGGAAAGAUUUCCUAGGAAUAUUGCAUUCUAAUGAGGAAUAUGUCGUCGUGUUAACGGGUUAUCUAGAUCUAUAUCCAGAACCAUUUCAAUAUUUAUCAGUUUAUCUGUCAGUUGACUUUUAACAUUGACUUAUUUUAUUAAUGCCGGGAAACUAGGAACAAGCUAGAGGUACAAUAGCUUACACAGGACAGCGGUCGGCACACGGCUUGUUCUUCUGUUUUCUCCAGAGAAGGAUAGAACCAAACAAAAGGCGGUCCAAGAUAAAGAGAUAACUGUCUCACAAUGAAUAACAAUACUGAGAAAGAGAACGAAUCGAAUGAAUUCACCAGUCAUGAAGAGGAGGUCCGCACGUUAUUUGUCAGUGGACUACCUCUGGAUAUAAAGCCGCGGGAGCUGUAUCUCCUGUUCAGACCAUUUAAGGGUUAUGAGGGAUCAUUGAUAAAACUCACCUCAAAACAGCCAGUGGGGUUUGUCAGCUUUGACAGCCGAUCAGAGGCAGAAGCUGCCAAGAACGCCUUGAACGGUGUCCGCUUCGACCCGGAGAUCCCCCAGACUCUGCGGCUGGAGUUUGCCAAAGCCAACACCAAGAUGGCCAAGAACAAGCUGGUGGGCACUCCCAACCCUCCUCCCUCCCAGCAGAGCCCUGGCCCACAGUUUAUCAACAGAGACCCAUAUGAGCUCACAGUACCCGCUCUGUACCCUGGCGGCCCAGACAUGUGGGCGUCAUACCCGCUGUACCCGGCGGAGCUUUCGCAAGCCCUCCCUCCUGCUUUCACCUACCCCUCCUCACUUCACACUCAGAUUCGCUGGCUCCCUCCUGCAGAUGGAACUCCCCAGGGAUGGAAGUCCAGGCAGUUCUGUUGAGGUUCAUGAUGUGUGAUGGUGGCCACGGUCGGCCUUGAUGGUGUUGCUGGCGGUUCUCAUGUCCAAACCAGGAGGAUUCCUGACCUUGUUUACCGCACAGUGGACCGUUGGCAACAACAACCUCACGGGCCUCAGGACAUUCCAGACCCAAGCCGCCAUCACACAUCGCCCCCCCACCCUGCUACAACCCCCUUUUUAUACUGUUACAUACUCAAGAAUUACUGAUGACACUUUGGUUCCAGUCCAAUACAUAAGACCUUAUGAUGCCUUAUGAGAAUGACAUAGUCUAACAUACAGACUAUGUUCCAAUAUCCCUGCUAGCACAUACACUACGGUUCAAAAGUUUGGGGUCACUUAGAAAUGUCCUUGUUUUUGAAAGAAAAGCACUUUUUGUUUUUUCAUGAAAAUAACAUCAAAUUGAUCAGAAAUACAGUGGAGACAUUGUUAAUGUUGUAAAUGAC